AUGGCUUCGAGGUGGAGAUUUCAAGCUCGUCCAAAGGGAGGCGACUUGGGAGCAGUGGAAGCAGUGGCUUCGAGUACCUCUGUUGCAUGCCGCGGCCAAGAAGGCAACAUGGAUCUCUUCAGGCGGCUUAUGGACGCUGGUGCCGACGGGGAAGCAGGCUGGCGGGGUUGCGAUGGACGAACUCUGCUGGGUGCGGCCGCAUGCGGCAACAAUAUUGACAAGGUGGUACGGGCUCUGCUCACCGCGGGGGCGAAGAGUAUUGUAAACGUCCGGUUCGGGUCUACGCCCGAGUCCGCUCUCCACGUUGCGGCAGCGCGGGGUGCUGAAGACCUAUGCUAGGCGCUCAUGAUCGCCCGAACAGACCCGAAUGUACGUGAUUCCGAGGAAUUCAGUCCGCUUCACCUCGCUGCCGAAGCUGGGCACCACCAUGUUAUAGAGAGCCUUCCUCUGAAAGGGGCCGAUGUACACGCCGAGACGGGUGCCGGAAAGACUCCGCUCCACCUGACUGCUUCCAAGGGUCAUACGCUGUGCAUCUCUGGGCGCUGCAGACAAGGACGUGUUCGAUGAGUAUGGUGAAACGCCACUGCUGUUCAAGGCGGCGGUAAACAACCACCUCGGAGUUGUUGAGAAGCUUCUAGCUGCUGGUGCCAACCACGGCAUCCGUGCCGGCAACCAACAUUCUCCACUCGAGAUUGCUGCAAACAGCGGUCACGCGACCAUCGUGAAGGCCUUCCCUGACAAGACAGAAGUGCAGUCCACGCCACCGAUGAUUGCGGCUUCACACGCUACACUACCGGUUGCCCCGGUGGUCUAGUGGGUAGCCUCGCAGCCUGCUAAGGGCCAGGUCAUGGGUUCGAGUCCCGACAGAGUGAGUUUUUUCUCGCUUAUUAAAUCCUGGUCUCCGUUCGAAGCGACACGCUGCAAAGCUCGUUGUUAGUAAACUUGAUCGACUUCAUUAGUCGAGAGGGGAGGGAUUGCUGUACCCUUGUCGCGAAAAAAAUAUCUCAGGCAGGAACCGCAGGAGGGGGUCCAACCCCCCCCUCCUAUGUGACCCCGGUUGGGUCGUCUAGCUAGUAGAAGUGGAGGAUAGGGGCCAGAGGGGCAGACGACAGAGUCCAAUGAUGGGAGAAAAACAACAACAAUAACAACGAUGCUGCAACUGAUGACAGAUCUGUCAGUGACGAGCAAUGUUGUACGUGUACUGUUGGAGGCUGGGGCUGAUGUUCAACGCGACGAACACCGGACACGGCAAUUGCGACACGCCUCUCCAUGGUCGCCGUAGAUCGGAUGGCAUCGAUCGGCACGAUCCACGCUCUGUUGGAGGGAGGGGCCAACGUCAAUGUGCGUGACGAUUUCGACCAGACACCAUUGCAUGUAGCUUGCGUGAGGUCAAAUGUGGUGGCUGUGGAUACUCUGCUGCGUCGGAGAGCAGAUGAGAAGUUAACGGACGACGAUGGAUCAACCCCUGCAGACGUGAUAAAAGCUCCGGAAGAGGACGGCAAUAACGACGAAGAAAUCGAGGCCAACCAGCGCAUGCGCCAAAUGCUGGCACGCGCUCCAGCCGAUAGGUCAUGGCGUCGCCGCGGGCGGCUGGUGGUAAGCCGUUCCUGCCCGACCAGGGUGCAGAUCGCAAACGGCAGCAGCAGCGGCAGCUGGAUCGGCAGCAGCAAGGGUUGCUCCGUCAAGGUGGCGAGGGUCAGCGUCGAGGAAUCGGGUGGGGGUGAUGAGAAGACGGAAUACGACACGGUGGUCGACUGGAGGGAUUUGGUGGGCAGGAUAGUCGGACUGGAGGCUGAUCGCUUGAUCCGCUUGGUGACGGGCUUCCUUUGAGGUUUCAAGGACAUGAAGAAACGGGAGCGGGGUCCCGUUCUCGAGCCUACCUUGCGUAUGAUGCUUCGGGCCAGGUGGUGGCGACUGAACCGUUUCGAUGAUGCAGAUGCCGGCUGGAAAGUUGAUACACAGUAGAUGUGACAGGGCCGAACCCUGGGGCUAAUUUGAUUGUCGCUUGAGAAUGGGGUUGUGUCCGAGAGGCCUUCCUCUCUGUUUUUGCCCCGAUCAUUGUUUCGUUACCACUCCCACGUGGCCCCUCGAACACUCAACUGAUUUGCUCGUUGGGUUCCUUUUUCCGCCUUGUUUUCGGUUGGUUCCUGCUUGUUUUCUGUCUCCUCGAUUCCGUUGCGUCUGUGGACUGUGGACGUUCAAUUUCAUGCCUUCUCUACAGUAGGUACGUGGUGUGUAAGAACAAGAACUGUGAGGACUUCGAUAGUCAGGCCUUGAUGCGUUGUUGCUGCCGACAGGACGCGAGCCGGGCAUUAGCAACG